AUGCCUCCCCCAGGGUGCCACCACAACCCAAAUGAAGAUGCUGUGAAUUCUCCUACCAGUCCUUUGAACUUCCUGGAUCAGAACUACCAAGAGCUUCUCCAGAACUGUCUCACUGAAAACACACUAUACAACGAUGAGUUGUUUCCUCCAGACAACAGCUCCAUUGGCUUGUUUGAUGUUGAUCCGCCUGAUAUGUCCCAAGCUGUGUGGCCAUUCGAAUUGGUGUCAGACCCUAAUUUAAUUGUAGACGGCGUGUCCAGGUUUGAUUAUGCACAGGGGAGUGUAUUAGGAAACUGUUGGUUUUUGGCUUCAAUUGGGGCUCUGACUUUUGAGAAGGAUAUCAUGAAACAGGUCAUGCCAGCUGAAAAAUCAUUCACCAAGGAUUAUGCUGGGAUAUUUCACUUCAGGUUUUGGCGAUUUGGGAAAUGGAUUGAUGUUGUUAUUGAUGACCAACUUCCAACUAUUGAUGACGAACUACUUUUUGUCUGUUCAAAAAUGUCUAAUGAAUUUUGGCCUGCCUUACUGGAGAAAGCAUAUGCAAAGGUGUGCGGGUCCUAUGCUGACUUGAAUGCUGGUUUCAUAUCUGAGGCCCUGAUGGACUUCACUGGUGGGACGCAUAUGUAUUAUGAACUGAAUACAGCUCCUGCUGAUUUGUGGAACAUCAUGGAAUGUGCAUUCACGUCAAAAACGCUUAUAGGUUGCUCCUCUAAUACAGUGACAACACCUGAAGAAAACGAGAUACUUUGUGGCAUAGUUGCGGAACAUACUUACACUGUGACAGGAGUUUUUGAGGUAACGAGUGAUGAAAAUCCAGUUCAUCUAGUGAGAUUGUUAAACCCAUGGGGCAGAAAAGAGUGGCGAGGAGACUGGAGUGACGGAUUUAAGGCCGUUCUGAAGGCAAAAGGGUCCAACAAGAUGAGAAGUCAGAGUGGGAGGUUUUCAUCUGAGUUCUUCAUUGAGAGAGAGCCUGUGGCACAGACUGAUGGUUUAGUAUGGCUCAGAGAGGUUAUGAAAUUCUUCAGGCUGGAGCCAGGAGAGUACCUGAUUGUACCGUGCACGGAGAAUCCUGGUGAAACCGCAUCCUUCGUCUUGUCUAUUUUCUCAAAGAAUGAGACACACUUUGAACAUAUUCAGGAGACUUCAGAGUAGAAUGGAGACAUGUCUUGAUGAGGGUGAGGUAAACCCUUUGUUGUUUCUGUCUUUAUGGUUAUUUUCCUUUCAAUUGUUAAUUCAAGAAAAAAAAGUAGAAUUUUAUUAGUUUUUAUGAAUUAUUCUAUUUCAAA